CAGUAGUGACUAGUGACAGCAGCAGCCGUCAGCCGAGAGGUAUAGUUUGUAUGUAUUGUCGGUUCUUAUUUUCUAAUAUGUAAUUUAUAAUUUAAAUUGACGUACUAAAUUUAAAUGCCGUCGAAACCUAAUUAUGUUUAAUAUUGUGUUUGUGUUCAGUUCAAUAACAUUAAAAUAGCUUUUAAUCAAUAUAUUUGGAGCAGAAAAACAUCAAAAUGUACAGAAUUUCCAAGCAUUUACUGUACUCAGUUGAAUUAUUAUUUUUAUUUCUUGUAACAACUUCAUCUAUAAUUCAAUCUCCACCAAGAAUUGUCAAAGAACCGUACACAGAUGAAUUACUAUUUCAAGUAGCCACUGUUCAAAAUCAAAAUGUUAGACCAUUUGUAAUUGAUUGUGAAGCAGAAGGAGAACCUGCUCCAAAGUAUCGAUGGAUGAAAAAUGGUAAGAAUUUUGAUUGGCAGGCCUAUGAUGACAGAAUAGCUCAACAACCUGGUCGUGGUUCAUUAACUGUUACUGAACCCAGGGAUGAAGAUCUUGGACAAUAUCAAUGUUUCGCUGAAAAUCCUUGGGGUACAGCUACUUCUAAAUCUGUGAUGGUUGUGAAGGCUGAAUUAAAUUCCUUUAAAGAUGAACCAAAACUCUAUGUUGAAGCUCAAGAAGGUGAUCCAUUUAGACUUGCUUGUCAUCCUCCAACUGGAUGGCCUAAGCCAAAUGUAUAUUGGCUUAUAAGGAAUAAAGCAGGUGGAUUAACAACAGUUAAUAACACUAGAAUGACAUUAGAUCCGGAAGGUAAUCUCUGGUUUUCAAAUGUAACUAGACAUGAUACCAGUGAUGGCUCUACAUAUUUUUGCUAUGCCGAAUCAUUGACAAUGAGCGAGUAUAAACUAGGAAAUCCUGUAAAUUUGAAUGUUAUUCAAACUGCAGAAACAGCUUUACAAAAUAAAUAUCCACCUACUCAACAAUAUGUAACUAGAAGAAAUGAAGUUGCGUUGUUGGAUAAAAAAGUUGAAUUGUUUUGUAUUUAUGGUGGAACUCCCUUACCAGAAACUGUUUGGCUAAAAGAUGGCAGACCUAUACAAUCCAACGAAAGAGUAAGUCAGGGAAAUUAUGGCAAAAGUUUGAUUAUUCGGAAAGUUAAAUUUGAAGAUAAGGGAAAAUACACUUGUGAAGUUAGUAAUGGUGUGGGAUCACCUCAAUCAUAUAACAUUGAACUGGAUGUUAUGGCUGUGCCAUAUUUUACUGUGGUUCCACAAAUCGUUGAAGGAGCUGAAGGAGAAACUGCAGUUAUUAAAUGUGAAGCAACUGGUAAUCCAGAACCUACAAUUAAAUGGAUUCAUAAUGGUCGACCAUUAAGUGAAGCAUCACCAAAUCCCAGACGAUUUGUAACUUCUAAUUCUAUUACAAUUACUCCACUGACUAAAAAUGAUACUGGAAAUUAUGGUUGUAAUGCAACCAACAGUAUUGGAUAUGUGUAUAAGGAUGUUUAUAUUAAUGUAUUGGCAUUGGCACCUGAAAUCACUGAACCCCCUCAUAAAGUAGAAACUGUUGAUGGCCGUGCUAUUACUAUUGGAUGUAAAAAUUUUGGAGUACCAAAACCUCAUGUAAAGUGGACAAGAAACAAUAUAGAAUUAACUGGUGGACGUUAUUCAACACUGGAUAAUGGGGACUUACAAAUAAGUGAAGUAAGUUUUACUGAUGCUGGAAACUAUACUUGCAUUGCUACUAAUAACUAUGGAACAGCAAAUGCAUCUGGAACUCUUACUGUUAAAGAACAUACACAAAUCACUGCUGAACCAGAAGAUUAUGAAGUAGUAGCUGGAGCAGUAGCCACAUUUCAUUGUACAGCAACUUCUGAUCAAUCUUUGCAUCUUAACAUUGACUGGUUAGCUAAAGACGAACCUAUAAAUUUUGACACUGAACCUCGUUUUGUCAAAACAAAUGAUUAUUCCAUGACUAUCACUAAGACUAUUGAAUUGGAUUCUGGAAUGUAUACGUGUUUAGCUAGAACUGAGUUGGAUCAAGCAACAGCUAGUGCCAUGCUUAUUGUUCAAGAUAAGCCCAAUCCACCACAAUUGUUAGGAAUUACUUGUAAUAAAAAAGAUGCAGCUGUAAAAUGGCAACCUAAGGGAGAUAAUCGUGCACCUAUCUUACGUUACACUAUUGAAUACAAUACUAGUUUUGCUCCUGAUACAUGGUCAGUUGCAUCAGAUAAUGUACCUGCAUCUGGUCAAACAUUUAUUGUACCAAUGACACCAUGGGCAAAUUUUACAUUUCGAGUAAUUGCAGUAAACAAAAUUGGUAGAUCAAACCCAUCUUUACAUUCAAGUGUUUGUACCACUCAACCAGAUGUACCGUAUAAAAAUCCAGAAAAUGUUGAAGCUGCUGGUACAACACCGUCUAACCUUGUUAUUAGCUGGACACCAAUGCCAAAAAUUGAACAUAAUGCUCCGGGCCUAAGAUAUAGAGUUUAUUGGAAACAAGAUAUACCUGGCCAAGUCUGGAAUUCAGAAGAAAUAACGGACUAUACUAUUAAAGAAUUAAAGAUAGAUAAUCAACCAACAUACCAACGGUAUAAAGUCAAAGUAGUUGCAUCCAAUGAAAAGGGUGAAUCUAAUGUACUGCAAAAUGAAGUUAUUGGAUAUUCAGGCGAAGAUGUUCCUGUCGAGACUCCUCAAAAUUUGACUGUUUUGAAUGUUACUGGAAGUAGAAGUGCAAUAUUAAGUUGGGAACCUGUUUCACCAGAAUCUAUUAAGGGAAAUUUUAAAGGCUACAAGAUUCAAUUUUGGACUGAGAGAGAUGGAGAAAACAAUAUGAUUGAAGAACAAGUUAGUUCGGAUAUGACAAAAGUGGAAAUUAAGAAAUUUUUACCAAAUGCUAAACACUAUGUGCGUAUACUUGCACACAACAGUCGUUUUAAUGGACCGCCUAGUCAAGCAAUAACUUUUAAUACUCCUGAAGGAGUUCCAGGACCUGUUCAUGGAGUUGAAGCUGAACAAUGGGGUUCUUCUGCCAUUUUGUUAAGUUGGCAACCACCAGAAGAAGCAAAUGGAGUGUUGACAGGCUACGAGAUUUCUUAUGAAGCUAUGACUCAAGAAGGCGUUGGAGAAAAAUCACAACGUCCUGCUAUUACUGAUCCUAAACAAACUACUGCUAAAUUGGCUUCACUUAAACCAUCAACUAAUUAUCGAAUCUACAUUAAAGCAACUACUAAUGCUGGUGUUGGCGAACCAUUUUUUAUUGAACAACAAACUAAAUCUCCUUUGCCCGAAGGAACUGAAUUGGAUAAGCCAGAGUUCAAUUAUGUCCAUAAAGGUUAUAAUAAUAAUUUUGAUACAGUUCGCAUUUUAUGGAUGCCUAAACUUGAUGGAAACCCAGGAUCUCACUUCUUUGUAAAAUACAAGCUUAAGGUGCCAACUUGUAUGAAGAAACUAAACCUGAACUUGACAUGAAUUUUAUUGAUGUCAAGGGUUUAAAACCAGGAGAAUUAUAUGAAUUUGUUGUAGUUGCUGUGGAUGGUAAUACCAUGAAAGAAUCUGAUAUUGCUGAAAUUGAAGCAUCAAGCUCAGAUCCAAUAAUUCGAAGAAGUGAAAAUAUGGCUACAUCAGGAUGGUUUAUUGCAAUGCUGUUAGCUUUGUUAUUCCUCAUUAUCAUGUUAAUUAUUGUAUGUAUAAUAAAACGUAAUAGAGGAGGAAAAUAUGUAGUGCAUGAA